UAACCUAGCUCGUUUCUUCCUGUGGUGUUUAAUUUGUGAUUUGAAGUUGUUUGCUCUGGAUUUCUUGGUUGAUGGGUCCCUUUAGACGGCUAGGCGUGCUUUCAACUCAUCGGUGCCCCCAUGAUGAGCCUCCCAGGCGUUCGCCCCUGUGCUUGUGUGACGAUCCCUUUUUGGUUUUUCUAUUUGAUGCGGCAGCUUUUUUAGAAAUGCGGGUUCAGGUCCAAUAUGUUACAAUGUAUGUGUUGAGUUUUUUUUUUUUAUGAGAUUGGGUUGUAGUUUGUAGUUUUUGGGGUUCUUCGCUGGGCAAUGUAGUUGAUGUAACCACACUUAAAGCUUUCAUCUAAUGAAUUUCUUCUCUCCUUGGCAAAAACUAAGAAAAGUGCAUGUUUUUCGUUAAUUGCAUUUAAGUAAAUUUGAGAGUGUCAAAUGUCUCAUGUUCAAUCCCAUUCUCAAAUGUCCCUUUGCAAGUUUGGCAAAAUAAUAGUGACAAACUAGAAUAUGCAAUAUACAAAGCACCUCUCAGUCUGCAACCAGCAUAUGCUGGACAUGUUAAUGUAAUAAAAGUCCGAUGAAAAACUCCUCAAAAUAUGAAAUAAUGAUUUUUUUUCCUUUUUAAGAUUCAUUACUUUAUUGAAAUAGUGAUUGCCAACUUUAUCAAGUGUGCAUUCUUGUUCUGUGAAAUUCUGCCGCCAGUACUGAAAGCACCCGCCUGUGAACCAAUUCUCGACUGUCUUUCACAAGGAGCUUGUCUUCCAGCGGAACAGAUUUAUUAAGAUCUCUAAUGAGAAUUAGAUUAGUUUUUUCUCUUAAUCUUAAGGCUGUGUUUGAUUGUUGGAAUCAUUUUGCAGAGUUCUUUUUCCUUUUUCUUUUUUCUUUUAAAAAGAAUUUAAUAGUUAUGUAUAUAAAAUUGUAAGCAGCCAUAACACAAAGAAAGGCCAGGGAAGGACGAAGUAAAUAUGGUUCUUCAUACCCAUUUUCCAUCUUUGCCCAUAGAUAAUAGCUCAUCAAAAAUGGUUUCUAGAUACCAUUUAUAGAAAGAAAGAAAAAAAAAUUGUUUUUGUGAAGUGUUCACUGGUUAAUUUCAUCUCCAGGACGUUGGUUUUAUUACAGAUGAAGAUUAGUUAACUGAACUUACAAACUAUUUAACCAUUUCUUUUUCCACCUGCUAAAUAAUUACUAAACUAAAUUGAAUAUGCUAGAAAUGGAACCUGUCCAAACCCUUUUUUUUCUUUUAAAUUCAAUAAUGCAUUGUUAUUAAUAAUAAUCAACUACUAGAGACACUGAAAUUUUUGUUUAACCAGAUUGUUAAUAGCUACCACGGCGAUGAAUUCAAGACAUGGAGAUUAAAUCUAUAUUUAACAAGACUUAAACUCAUCAGAAACUGAAAAUUUUCCUGUCAGUUAUUUACUUCAUUGUUCUUCCUUGCCUUUUCCCUGUCGACAAGUCCUAUAGUAUUGGCCAACCAAGCUCAUUGGAUUUCUCUACCUUUUGUCCUAUUCCUAGUUAAAGUCAGAGACAGCAAGAGGAUAUGAGGGAUGAUUCCAAGAGAGACUCAAAAUUUCUGACCAUGUAUAACAGUUACUUCCCUGGACAACUAACUGCAAAAAACAUGUCUGCAGCCAAACUAGCAACAUGUUCUUCUUACAUGAGCUCUCACAUUCACUUAAUUGUUCUCUUCUCUAUUAUCCACUUUCUCCAUUUUUAUGCAGACUAUACUCGAGCAAUUUCCUUCAGUAUAGAUCGGUUCGACCCCGGUGCAAACGACAUCAUCUAUGAAGGUGAUGCAACACCAUCAGUUGGAGCGAUUGAAAUGACCUUGGUCAACUGGUUAUGUCACGUUGGCCAUGCAACUUAUGCAGAGCCUUUGCACCUGUGGGACUCCUCUACUAUGACACUUACAGAUUUCAACACCAACUUCUCAUUCACUAUUGACACUCGUAAAGCUGAGAUUUAUGGCCAUGGCAUUGCCUUUUUCCUUUCUGCUGUGGGCAAAUCAAUUCCACCCAAUUCACCUGGUGGGUUCCUAGGACUGUUUAACACCACUAGUAGUGCUGCUGCGUCUCGAAACCAAUUAGUCAUGGUUGAGUUUGAUACCUUUGUGAAUGAAGAAUGGGAUCCACCAGUGCAGCAUGUUGGGAUCAACAAUAAUUCAAUUACUUCUUCUGUUUAUGCCAAAUGGGAUCCUGGCUCAUACAGUGGCAAGACAGCUAAAGUUGGGAUAGAUUAUAAUGCUACUACCAAGAACCUCAGUGUGUUGUGGACAUAUGAUGAAUAUCUAGUUUUCAUAGGCAACAAUUCGCUUUCUUACAUCAUUGAUCUGAUGGAACUUCUUCCUGAGUGGGUUUCAAUAGGUUUCUCAGCAUCUACUGGUCAGUAUGUUGAAAGAAACACAAUCAAUUCAUGGGCAUUCUCCUCAAAUUUGGUGACAAAAGGUUCAAGUAAUAAAACAGACAUACUUCCAAGCAAUAAACCAGGCAUCCUGAACACAGGGACACAUAGGAUAUUGAUUAUUGCUCUAGCUUCUGUGUGCUUUUUGGCACUUUGUGGAAUUUCAAUUUUCUUUGUAAAGAAAACAUUUUGCAGAAGUCCUCUCCCUGAAGAUCCUGAACUUGGCAGAAGAGCCUUGCCCAAAAGAUUUUCUUACCAAGAACUUGUUGAAGCUACUAAUAACUUUGCAAAUGAUAGGAAGUUAGGGGAAGGUGGAUCUGGACUUGUUUUCAAAGGAUUCUUGAGAGAGCUAGGCUGCCUAGUUGCUGUGAAGAAAAUUGAUGCUGAAUCGGAGGAUCUUUUCAACAAUGAAGUGAAUAUUAUAAGCAGUUUAAGACAUCGAAAUCUGGUGCAGUUCAUGGGAUGGUGUAAUGAACAAGGUGAGUACUUGCUUGUCUAUGAAUACAUGCCCAAAGGUAGCCUUCAUACACAUCUUUUUGGCAAUAGGAAAGCCAUCCCAUGGAAUGUGAGAUAUAAUAUAGCUUUGAGCUUAGCCUCGGCUCUUCAGUAUCUUCACGAAGGAGCAGAAACAUGUGUUCUUCAUAGGGAUAUCAAACCAGGGAACAUAUUGUUACGUGAAGAUUUCACAGCCAAAGUUGGUGACUUUGGGAUUUCCAAGUUUGUUAACACUCAGUUGAGGACUCAGAGAACAAAUCCAGUGGGGACUCCUGGGUAUGUGGCCCCUGAAUACCGAAGAGAUGGAAGGGCAACUAAACACUCGGACAUGUAUAGCUUUGGAGUUGUGGCUUUGGAAAUUGCCUGUGGAAUGAGGAAUUUCAGAAAUAAUGAUCCGCUACAGUUGGUAAAGGACGUCUGGCAAAAGUAUAAAGCAGGAAAUAUUCUUGAUGCAGCUGACAAAAGAUUGAAGGAAUUUGACCCAAAAGAAAUGAAAUGCUUGAUGAUUGUGGGUUUAUGGUGCACACACCCAACAGACAACGAAAGGCCUCCAGCCAGAAGAGUGAUUCAAUAUCUCAACCUUGAAGUUCUAUUGCCAGAACUUCCUCCAAUGUUGCAUUAUCCCGAGUUCUCUUUGGAUUCGGAUAUGGAUGGAUGCAAGACUCGAUGACCAUCAACAAGAAUAACCUCUAUGUAAUUUGCUUAAUUUUACAAGUGAAUUUAAUGGUUGCCAAAUAGCUUGAUCAUACAAUGAGUUUGCUUUAAUCCAACUAAAAAGUUUGGGAUAAUUAAGCAAUCUUUGAUAUAAUCAUGCAAAAGGGGAAUCAAUUUCAAUACAGUUUGCUAUAUUUUUCAU